CCUUGGGGAGCGCGGAACGCAGCUUCGCCGUGGCCAUUUGGGGAGCUCAAACACUCGAACGAGCCGGGAGUGACGUUAGUGCCUUUGGUGAACCCUCAAGGGGUUGGCCCAGGUGCCGAUGCCGGGGUCUGCAUUUAUGACCGCGGGACGAAGCGCCUGCAUGAACACGAGCCAUCGCCUCGCGAAGGACGAUCAAGACUUCCUGGCCUCGUGCCCGGGGAACUCGCCUAGACCUCUUGCUGGUCGGCUUGGUGGUAUUUGCCCAGGGGGUCAAUAUUGGCCGCCACACUACUCUGCCGGGCGCUACCAGCAGAAGGACACGAUUUCCUCCACGCGCGCCACGCACACGGAAGCUGCGAUCAAAGCUCCAGCCCAAUCCUUCAGGGAUCUCACAGUCCAUGGCUGGGGCCAUGGGACUGGCUAUUGUCCCAACACCGCUUCCAUUCGAGGUGUUGACUGGGCUCAUAAGGAGACCACAGAUGUGUUCCGGACCACUUACAAUGAGACGAUGACCUCGUCGUCGAACUCGCUGGCCUCGACGUGGACCUGCAUGACGUCGCCGCGGAACCGUUUCGGUUUUACCACACGAAGUUGAGCGAAGACGGAGUCGUUCAAGGAGACCGAGUCGUUCGGCGUCGUCCAUGUCCGGGCUGACGUCCGUGAGCGACGUCGCGUCAUUCUGGGAUCUAUGGGUCCAACCGAAGCUGAGACUGGCCGAGGCGAAUUUAAAUGGAUGCAGCGAUGCAGCUGUGCUGAAAGCUGGUGGAGAGCCGUAGAAAUUCUAGAGUCAGAGCUUUUUGACUUUGGACUAUAUGGAGUUGGGCAGUAAGCUUGUUCAGUAAAUCGCAUUGCU